AUGGCGGGUACACUAGAAAGGGAGGAUCACCAACGCGAUGCCGACUUCAACAAGAUCUUACACGGAGACUCGGCAAAAGCCAAGGGAGGCAUAGCAGCUAUGUUCACCAAGGAUCCGGAAGCAAAAAAGCUUGCUAUAGAGCAAUACUUCAAGCAUUUCGAUGACAAAACUGCCGACAAAGAGACUGCGGCAGAUCGAGAGUCGAGGAUGGCCGAGUACGCCAGUCUAACCAGACAGUAUGUUGAAUUGAUUCAUGGAUUCAUCCCCUCUCCUCCCGACAAUGCUAAUCUGUGUUAA